AUGUUAGGUUCCGAGUCAUGUCAAACACCGAUUCUAAAUUGCAGAUGGAUGACCGGAGAAUGGUCCGAAUGUACAGUCACGUGUGGUGGUGGACAUCAAAAACGAUCAGCCUACUGUAUCGAAAGACACAACGACUCAUCUGGUCUCAUCGAAAAUACAAAAGUUGCCGAUCAAUAUUGCUGGCAAAGCAAACGACCGGUAACAGUGAGAAAAUGUGGUCGACGUGAAUGUCCGAAAUGGGUCACUGGUGAUUGGACAGCAUGUUCGGUUACUUGUGGCAAGGGAAUUCGCAGUCGUCUGAUUGAAUGUCAGCAAGAAGGCGAACGAAUCGAUCGAACAGUUUGCAAUACACUCGAAAUUCCUGAACAACAGCAGCCAUGUUAUGCGGGAGUGAAAUGUCCCGAGGACUUCAUACCAAGUGGGUAUUGUUGA